UCUCUUCCACCUUUCAUUCCAGACUGAAGCAGAGUGAGUCGACUCAGUUACCAUAACAAAUCACACAGACACACACACACAAAAAAAAAAAAAAAAAAGCAUCACUCUUAGUUUUUAGAGAGAGAGAGAAAAUGGGGAGGGCUCCGUGCUGUGAGAAAAUGGGGUUGAAGAAAGGGCCAUGGACAGAUGAAGAAGAUCAGAUUCUCAUCAAAUACAUCAAUCAGAACGGCCAUUCCAAUUGGCGUGCUCUUCCCAAACGCGCCGGGCUUUUGAGGUGCGGAAAGAGUUGCCGGCUCCGGUGGGUGAAUUACUUGCGGCCGGAUAUUAAGAGAGGGAAUUUCACGGCGGAGGAGGAGGAGAUUAUCAUCAAAUUGCACGCCGAGUUGGGAAAUAAAUGGUGUGUGAUUGCAUCAAAAUUACCAGGCCGCACAGACAACGAAAUCAAAAACGUGUGGCACACACACUUGAAGAAGAAGAAGAUGAUGAAAUCGGAGACGAAAACUCAGAGCACCGACUCGUCUGAGUCGGAUCUGAAAGCGGAGAAGCAUUCGGCGGAGAAUCAGGAUCCGUGUUCGCCGGUGAAUUCGUCGAGCGAAAUCUCAUCGGUAACCUCCGCCUCCGCCUCCGCCUCCGCCGCCGUGUCCGGCGGCUCCGGCGAGUUCGACUUCAACAUGCUGACGGAUUCGUUGGACAGUUUGACGGAAAUGGGGGAAAGCUUCUGGUCGGAGGUUUUCUCGGAGAGCGAUUGGAGUGCUAGCAGCAGUGAUAUUUCCGCCGCCGGCAAUGGUGAUUCCGAUCAGCUUCAAUUUGCGGAAUCGUUUGCUUCCGAUUUAAAUACGGGGAUUUGCGAUGAUUUUUGGGGGAACUUGUUUAAUAGGGCUCAGGAUUUGACGGAAUCUUUUGAUUUUUUUGUGAAUUAACAGAUUUUCUUAAUUGAGGUUUAGUUAUUCCAACUUGUGAUAUGUAGUGUAACUUACAUUUUUUAGAAACUGAAAUUCCAAUUAAAAUCUUUAAUUUUUAUUUUCUU